AUGACCGGGAGUCAGACGCUUCUGCCGUACUUUGCGGUGCAGCUCAACAAGAUGGGCUCGUUCCGGCGCCCGAGGCCGCGGUUCAUGAGCUCCCCGGCUCUCAGCGACCUACCGCGGUUCUACGCCGGCCGCCAGGUCCUGCAGCUCAACUCCAGCGUCCUGUGGAACAGUGUGCAGAACGCCGUCAUCAACGUGUUCAAAGGAGGGGGCCUGCAAGCCAACGAGCUCUACACCCUCAACGAGAACGUCAGACAGUUGCUGAAGAGCGAGCUGGGCUCAUUUAUCACAGACUAUUUUCAGAAUCAGCUGCUCUCUAAGGGUCUGGCCUUCAUGGAGGAGAAAGUCAAGCUGUAUGAAGGUGAAAACCGGGUCAUGAUAUUAGCGGAGUUAUGGGACCACUUCUUCAUGGAAAUCCUACCAACACUGCAAGCGAUAUUUUAUCCUGUUCAGGGCCAGGAGCUCACUAUCCGUCAAAUUGCUCUACUCGGCUUCAGGGACUUGGUCUUAUUAAAGGUGAACUUGGACAAAACUCUACCUCUUGUGCAGUCCCAGAUCCCACCACCCAUCCUGCAGAUGCUGCUGGUCCUUCAGGGUAUCCAUGAGCCGUCGGGCCCCAGUGAAGGUUACCUGAAGCUGGAGGAACUGGUGAAGAUGGUGGUAUCACCGUACUUGACGGCAUACGCAGACAGAAGCUACAGCCACACCAGCACCUGUAUACUGGAACAUCGCUUUCCCAAGUGUCACAUGAGGUCGGAGCCCAUGUCCUACAGCACUCACAUUGGCACCUCGCUUGCUGUUGAACGCUCAUUGUCCCCCCUGACGGAACAGGAGGGCGAGGCGUACCUGGAAAGAUGCGGCAGUAUUCGGAGGCACACAGUCGCCAACGCUCACACAGACAUCCAACUCUUGACUAUGGCCUCCAUCAUGCACCCCCCGAUCGGAGGACACUGAGCUCUCAGACCAAUGUCUGCUCCUUCCACCCAACUUCCCCCAGCGACAGUUCAGCAGCGAACCAAACAUCGUGGACAGUCCAACAGAACUGAGUACCUCUCCGCAAGACGGAUCCGAACACAGCUGUCCGACCCCCAGCUGA